AUGUCCAAGUUGAUCACUGUCUUCGGAGCCACUGGCAACCAAGGCGGCUCUGUUAUCAACCACAUCCUUGCUGAUGCCCAACUUUCAUCCGAGUUCAAGAUCCGUGGCAUCACACGCGAAGUUAACAAGCCCGCUGCCAAAGCUCUUGCUGAAAACGGAGUCGAGCUGGCAACCGCCGACAUGAACGACAAAGCUUCAGUCGCAAAAGCCAUCAAAGGCUCUCACACCGUCUUCCUCGUAACCAAUUACUGGGAAUCCGCCAACCCAGACAUCGAACGCAGCCAGGGCAUCAACGUCGCCGACGCCGCAAAGGAAGAAGGAAUCCAGCAUAUUAUAUUCUCCUCCUUGAUCAACGUCACCGAAGCCACAGGCGGAAAACUCACCCACGUCCCUCACUUUGAUUCCAAAAACGAUAUCGAGAAGUACAUUCGCGGCACUGGCGUUCCUUCUACCUUCAUGCUGCCCGGCUACUUCAUGUCCAACUUCGCAAGCAUGUUCAACAAAGGCGAAGAUGGCGUUUACAACUUUGCCAUGCCAAUCAGCGAUAAUGCUCAAUUCCCCCUCUUCGAUGUCGUCGAGGAUACCGGUAACUUCGUCAAGAGCAUUCUGAAGAAUGCCGACAAGUUGAAUGGCAAGCAAGUGCUCGCUGCUACUGCUUACUACACCCCUAAGCAAAUCAUUGCUGAUUUUGAAGAGGUGACUGGGAACAAGAUGCGCUACAUCCAGAUCUCGGGUGAUCAGUUCAAGUCUUAUUUGCCUGAGUUCAUGGCCGAGGAGAUGCUUCAAAACCAUAUCUUGCUUGACACCACUGGCUAUUAUGCUGGUGCUAGCUUGGAUGAGAGUUUGGACUUGCUCGAGGAGAAGCCUGUUACUUGGAAGGAGUUUAUCAAGAAGAGUGGAAUUUGGUAA